AUAACACUGUGUUGAUUUUUUUAAAAGUGAUUUAGAUUGUUUGAUUUGACUUAACCAUAUUUUUCUUUCAUGACCUGUGUGCUCUAACUGCAUUACCCCCCCCCCCCCUUCACAGCCCGUGUUACUCCUACCUUUUCUCCUCCCCACUUUAUUGACGGAUGUCCUGCUCCAGCGUUUUCAUCCAUGUCUCUGAGCACCUUCGCAGGAUGUGUUCACAUGUCCCCGUGUGUGUGUGUGUGUGUGUGUGUGUGUGUGUGAAUGUUUGUGAGGUGGGCGUGUGGGGAAGUUCCUGCACAUCUGUCGGCCGCAUUUCUCUCACUCGUGGUGGAGUAAAGGUUGUUUUUCAGCGUCAGGAGAAGGUGUCUCCAUCUACAAAGAUCAAGUUUUGUCCAGCUUCCUUCCUCUUGGUCCUCAUGGCACGUCGCCUCUGCUCCGAGGCAACAAGCCAGAAGCUUCCGGAUAGUGUUUGGAGCACUUAUUACCUCCGCAAGAGGACAAUGACUUUGUUUUGUUCUUUUUUUGGGGGGUUUUCAGAAUAUUUAAACAUGAUUACUUCAAAUAUGGGCCAUAUCUUUACAUUUUUAUUCCAAAAAUAAUACAUUUCUUUAUAAUUUGGUGUCCUAAUCAAAUUUAUGAUAGUUUGGAUUGAUCACAAAACAGUAGGAGGUCACACGCAAUCAAAGUGUAGCUAACAGAAUCAAAUUGUAACAACGAGAACUUUGCCCAACAAUAAGUCAGAGUUCCAGCUUCCUGUUGAGCAGCUUCCUCUGUCCUGGAGAGGCCUGAAGGGCAGGAGAGCUUUCGGGUGGUCAGGGAGGGGGAUGUUCCCCGGCUCACCCCUUGACAGGCCAGGCACGUACCACAUCUCCCCCAGGGGUCCCGGUAUAUAUUUUUUCAACAUGGCUCAAAAACACUCCAAGCUUUCCUGCUAUUAGUUCUUUCAGAUCCAUGGGGGUUUAGAAAAACUAAUAGCCCACUAAAAAUACCUGGAGCCUGGAGUCUGGCCUUUUCCUGUGCCGCUUCCACUGGGCGCGUGGGCCAUUGAGGAAAAAGGAAACAAGCGGCUCUGGUUGUAAGGGAGUUUCCUGCAAAUGGUUAUAAAGGGGUCUCAGGAAUCCGCCUCCCCUCACAGUUUUGUUCUGACACAGUGGGUGCUCCUCGUCUCUGAUUGCUGACUCAACAGUGAGUCAAGGGUUUGUCAGCCACGAGGUAGACGUUGGUUCUCGUCCCUGCUGGUCGGGGUACGAGUAGGGAGCUGGUCUCACCUAACACAUGUGUCUGGUACACUUCAGUAUAUUUAUUAUUUAAAUUCCGUACAGGUCGUGUUUGUGGUUUCUGCACAGACAGGUCAAAUGGACGCAGGGCAGGGGUACCGGGGGGAUGGAGACCACAUGGUGAGGGCUGAUGGGUAUGUGAAGGAGUUCACGCGGCAUUCCAACGACGUGCUGCUGAACCUCAAUGAGCUCCGCCACAGAAGCAUCCUGACUGACACCACCCUGGUGGUUGGCAGCGUCCAGCUGCGUGCUCACUGCGCUGUGCUGGUAGCUUGCAGCGGGUUCUUCUACUCCCUGUACUCGCGGUAUUUGCUGCGUCAGGGGCGUGGUGGCAGUGUGGAGCAGCUCAUCACCGUGUCUCUCCCAAACACCUUGGAUCCAUCUUGUGUCUCCCUGCUGCUUGACUUCAUGUACACUUCACGUCUCCCUCUGACACCAAGCAUGGUCUCUGGAGUGCUGGCCGUGGCUGCCUACCUGCAGAUGGACCACGUGGCCGACACCUGCAGGGAGUUCAUGCAGCUUCACUGCACAGAGACUACGACUGCUAAAUCCCUUCAAUUGGAGCUGGACUCCAGGGUGUGUUUUCCCUCAGUAACACCCAAAAGAGGGGAUCUGCCCAGUCUAGGACUCCAGCGUUCAGUAGUUGAGAACUUCAGGCUCCCUGUUGUCCAGAGCUCUUUCCAGCCAGGGGCUUUCCUGACCUGCCAGCCCAACUCAGAAGAGCUGAAAGAAGACCAUGAGUCAUCUCCAAAGAGCCCUGCUUGCUCCAGCUGCCAUCCGAACUCUCCUGCCGAGUCCAGCACCUGCAGCAAGAACCUUGUGGUGUGUCCUGCCAAAUCAGACCAAAGUGAUUCCACACCCACUCCAGACCCAAAGGCUUGCAACUGGAAAAAGUACAAGUACAUAGUCCUGAAUCGUCUCUGCUCACCCACUAAGGUGAAAGAGGAGACGGAGGAGCUUCAAUGUCAAGCUUCAUCGGAUGCCAACAGGAUGAAUUGGACACCAAAAACACCAACAGAGGCGUGCCCUGGAGAAGUGCCUAGCCAGAUUGAUAGACAGGGGCAGGCCUCCUGCUACGAGGGUUCUGGCCGAGCCCCUCCCCUCGGGCCACCUCCCUCUGAGAAUCAGUCAACUCAUAAACAUGAACUAGUUUCUCCAGUCUCACCUGGCAGCCUUUUCCCCAAAUUGCCUCCAUCUGAUCCAGAAAAGAACCAACUUGCCAUGGAACACAAAAGCAACCGUGUGCCCUAUUUCUAUUCUAGCACCACCCCAGGAACCAGAUCCAUCUCAUCAGGAGAAAAGCCGUACCACUGUAACGUGUGUGGAGCUCAGUUCAACCGACCAGCUAACCUGAAAACUCACUCCCGCAUCCAUUCAGGAGAGAAGCCGUAUCGCUGCGACACCUGUGGCGCUCGGUUUGUUCAGGUUGCCCACCUCAGGGCUCAUGUUUUGAUUCACACGGGGGAAAAGCCCUACCCAUGCCACACCUGCGGUACACGCUUCCGCCAUCUGCAGACGCUAAAGAGCCACCUGCGCAUCCACACUGGAGAAAAGCCCUACUCCUGUGAGAAAUGUGACCUCCACUUCCGACACAAGAGCCAGCUGCGUCUGCACCUGCGUCAGAAACACGGGGCCAUCACCAACACCAAGAUCCGCUACAAGGUGCUGACCGAACCAUUCCAGUCGCUUCUGCAAGCCUGCUGAAGAUCAACCCUCAGUCAAAGAAGAAGCCUACCACACCAAACCUUACAUCAAAUGAUUUAUACCAGGAAAUUUGACAACAAAAACAUUUUCAGUCUUAGACUGGAAAUGGUAAAAUGACAGGUCUUCCUAUUCUUGGAAAAUGUUGGAUAAUGUGUAUAGAGAGGAAAGGAAGAAAGUCUUGAUUACUGACUGCUAGUUUGAAAUGUUGGGUACAUUUUGCCAGACAUUUUAGAGACGGAUUUGUGUACGUCUUUUUUUUAGGGUCUGUGAAGAGUUGAAAAGAAGGGAAGAGUCCAUUAAAAGAUAAGCUAGGGAAUGAGGAGAAUGUGUGUGUAGUAGAUAAGAAAGAUAAAGCAAGUUAAGUGAAGGUUUUGUAACUCUUUAUAUUUAGAGUAAAUUAAGGAUUUAAUGUGAGUUGUUUUAUAUCGUACAAAGCACUUCAAAAGUUUUUACUUUUUAAAAAAUAUAUAUUUAACGCAUAAUUAUGUAAAAUGUGCGGCCUGGGGCCCUUUAACUGUUUAUUAUGAGAUAUUUUUGCAUCCAUGUCAUCUAUGGACACAGUCCAGGCAGGUCAGGGACUUAGUUCACUUGUUUUGAAUUCAUUGUGUAGAAAAGUAUUCAUAACAUCAAAAUAAAUUGAAAGUGAUUGAAUAGUUAAUAAUAAUUUUAAAUUUGUACUUAGUAAGUUUAUUUGCAGGGCAAAUUUGAAUUAAAGGAGUUUGAUACCAUUUGAAA